UCCGUCUUCGCGCGGCCCUCCAGUGUGCCCCAUGGAGCCGGCUACGAGCUGCUGAUCCAGAAGUUCCUCAGCCUCUACGGGGACCAGAUAGACAUGCACCGCAAGUUCGUGGUGCAGCUCUUCGCCGAGGAGUGGAGCCAGUACAUAGAUCUGCCCAAGGGCUUCCUGGUCAGCGAACGCUGCAAGGUGCGCCUAGUACCGCUGCAGUUUCAGAUGACUACUUUGGGCAACCUGACACCCUCAAGCACUGUGUUUUUCUGUUGUGAUAUGCAAGAGCGAUUCCGGCCUGCCAUCAAGUACUUCGGUGAUAUCAUCAGCGUGGGCCAACGACUACUCCAAGGUGCACGGCUCUUAGGAAUUCCAGUUAUUGUAACUGAACAGUAUCCCAAAGGUCUUGGCAGCACUGUGCAAGAAAUCGAUUUAACAGGAGCUAAACUUGUGCUUCCGAAAACAAAAUUUUCCAUGGUGUUGCCAGAAGUCGAAGCAGCAUUAGCAGAGAUACCUGGAGUCCGCAGCGUUGUUCUGUUUGGAGUAGAAACUCAUGUGUGCAUCCAGCAAACAGCAUUGGAAUUAAUCGGCAGAGGUCUAGAAGUUCAUAUCGUUGCUGAUGCCACGUCAUCAAGAAGUAUGAUGGACAGAAUGUUUGCUCUUGAGCGUCUUGCUCGUACUGGAAUUAUAGUUACUACUAGCGAAGCUAUAUUGCUGCAGUUGGUAGCUGAUAAAGAACAUCCAAAAUUCAAAGAAAUCCAAAAUCUCAUUAAGGCGAGUGCCCCUGAGUCAGGGCUCCUUUCCAAAGUUUAAAGAGGAUGUGGAGGAAGCAGAUCUCAUUGUCAUCUUUAAGGAGGAAGGAAAGCUGUAAGCGCACAUGUACACCUUCUUUCACUCAAAGUUUGGUAGAAGUAUAAAAUUAAAAAUUGCAUACUCGUGCUUGCCUUAGCAAAGUUGUCUGGUUAUACAUCUGGGUGCCAGUAUGUUCUCUUUAGUUACAGAUGUCCAAAGGCUUUGGGUAGCAUAGGACCUUUUUGUUGUCAAAUUUCCUUAUUUAUUUAAAAAACGAAAAUUAACAGAGAUGCUUGCUAGUCUAUACUACACAGUGAUUGUAACAGCUCCAAAAAGUGCAUACUUCUAUGACACCUCUUGAAUGUGCACUUUGUAGAAUUGUUCUGUGAUAUUCUGUUUUACUUUUGUCUUAAUAGAAGAUAAUUAUGUAUUGGAUAAAUGUGAUGUCAUAUGCUGUAAUGUUCUAUUUAAAUGAAGUAUUUUAAUAGGGCAUAAGUUAAAAAUGAGUAAGA